AUGACUGAUCGAAUCUUCUAUAUUAACUCUAACUUGUCCUCUAUCCCCUGCGAAGGCUGUUAUUCAGCACCCGCGCCUCCCAUGACUCCUCCUUCCCCUGGCUACUACCAUGUCCUCUACAAAGAGCAGGCUCAGGCCCAGAUGGCCUGGCAUGGAGAGACAUACUGCCUGAUUGGAGGCUACCGUGUCUAUGGGGACGCUCCACUGGCCACCCCUGCAAAGGCCGAGGAAGAGAAGCCAGCACCCAGGAGGGCUCCCAAGAGACAGAGAGUUCACGAAGAAUCACACCAAGAUCUAGGGUGUCCUAGCGCCAAAAUUCCUCGUCUCAGAACGAAGCAUGGUGGCAAAGGGCUGUCCCUCCCUGCAGAAGCAUCCUGCUUGAGUAAGAUGCGACUCACGGGCCUACUCGAGGGUCACGGGAUGCCUAGCCCAGUGCUCUCAGUGUUGCUGUUGGUGCUACUGCUGUUAGGGCCUUCAGGGCCUCUUACGUGGACCCAGACCAAACCAGGCGUCUUUGGUGCUUCCACGGCACCAAGCAACCCCCGAGCCCUCACCAGGCCCGAUGGCACCUCCAGCAUCCCAACCACUGCCGGCAACCCCAAUUUCCUAGACCUGCGAGAUCGCGCGAGAGCCCUGAUGCAAGACUUCCUGCUUGUAGAUGGCCACAACGACCUGCCUCUUGUUCUGAGGCAAUCUUACCUGAAUGGGCUACAGGACGCCAACCUGAGAAACUUCACCUAUGGCCAUACCAACCUGAAUAGGCUUAGAGAUGGCUUCGUGGGAGCCCAGUUCUGGUCGGCUUAUGUACCGUGUCAGACCCAGGACCGGGAUGCCUUGCGCCUCACCCUGGAGCAGAUCGACCUCAUUCACAGUAUGUGUGCCUCUUACCCUGAGCUGGAGCUUGUGACCUCGGUUAAAGCUCUGAACAGCACCCGGAAGCUGGCCUGCCUCAUUGGUGUGGAGGGUGGCCACUCACUAGAUAACAGCCUCUCUGUGCUUCGAAGUUUCUACCAGCUGGGGGUGCGCUACCUGACGCUCACACACACCUGCAACACACCCUGGGCAGAGAGCUCAUCUAAGGACGUGCACUCAUUCUACAGCAGUGUCAAAGGACUGACCAGCUUUGGUGAAAAGGUGGUGGCAGAAAUGAAUCGCUUGGGUAUGAUGGUUGAUUUGUCCCAUGUCUCGGACGCGACUGCACAGCGGGCCUUGGAAGUGUCCCAGGCACCUGUGAUCUUCUCCCACUCAGCUGCCAGGGGUGUGUGCAGAAAUGCUCGGAAUCUUCCUGAUGACAUCCUAUGGCUUCUGAAGAAGAAUGGUGGCAUCGUGAUGGUGACAUUCUCUGUAGGGGUGCUGCAGUGCAACCCAUUAGCCAAUGUGUCCACUGUGGCAGAUCACUUUGACCAUAUCAAAGCAGUCAUUGGAUCCGAGUUCAUCGGGAUUGGUGGGGAUUAUGACGGCACUGCACAGUUCCCUCAGGGACUGGAGGACGUGUCUACAUACCCAGUGCUCAUAGAGGAGUUGCUGAGACGGGGCUGGAGUGAGCAGGAGCUGCAAGGUGUCCUUCGAGGAAACCUGCUGCGGGUCUUCGGACAGGUGGAACGGGUACGGGAGAAAAACAGAUGGCAAAGUCCCCUGGAGGACAUGAUUCCAGAGGAGCAGCUGGACAGUGUUUGUCACUCAGUCCUGCCUCGUCAGAAACAGAAUCAAGAAAAGAACCGAUCAGAGAUCAGAACACAUCAUAAACUCAAGUUAUCAUCCAAGUGGUCACACUCAAAAUCUUCUCCCCACGUAGUGCUAAGCCUCACCAUUGUUGCAGUAUAUUUAGGCCUUAUUGUUUGACUUUGAUGAUCCAUGCAGUCCUCCCAGAUAUCAUUCUUGUACCCUUGAACCCAGCUCCACUUGUGCAGGGGUGAACAUUUCCUGAAAUAAAUGUUUUUAAUGUAGAAACAGA